CCCUCUCCUCAAGUAACAUUAAUGGCGUCAAACUCUAGAAGCUCGUCAUGGACGUUUAAGCAGAACAAGAUGUUCGAGAGAGCCUUGGCAGUUUACGACAAGGACACACCCGACCGAUGGCACAAUGUAGCAAAAGCUGUCGGAGGGAAAUCUGCAGAGGAAGUGAAGCGUCACUAUGACAUCCUCGUCGAAGAUCUCAUCAACAUCGAAACCGGUCGUGUCCCUUUGCCCAACUACAAGACAUUCGAAUCUAACUCCAGAGGCAUCAAUGACUUCAACACGAGGCUAAUGAAAAAUUUGAAGAUCUAAUGAAGUUUAUCGUGUUAAAUUGUAAGGAUUCAGAAGACUAUGUGACUCUUCUGAUUAUUGAUUAUGUUUGUAUUGAUCGUUUGCUUUCAUAUUGUGUGUUUGUCUACUACUAUAAUUAAAGAA